AUGGAUGAGCAUAUUAUGCCGUCGAAUGACACUUUUCGUCAGAAUAAACUGAAACGCCGUGAUUUAUGUCCUCUCGUUUGGGAUCAAGUUGGUAAAACAGGUUUUGUUGAUGGCGAAGAAACGGCGACGUUUUUCUAUUAUCUUAUUGGUGAAAGUGGGUUACCGAUGAGUGGAAAAGAUUUUGGAAGAUUUCAAGGACUUAGUUCCGAAGUGUUCAAUAAUCAACUAUUAGAUCGUUCUUUAACAUUCAAAGAAAACUUUUCGUACGAUGUCGUGUUGAAAGUAUCGGAUUUAAGCAAAAGCCUCGGUGUGAAACAUACGAACCAUGAUAUGAUUCAACUUGUGAUUAAUGAAAGAUUAGGUAUUACUUCACAAUCAAAAGUCAGAAUUUGUGAAUGGAUUAUCUUUAAUGCACGUGAGCAAAAGUUCGAAAUUGUCGAUGGAAUUCGAGUUGAAGAGUUGCGAUCAUUGAUCAAAUGUGAUCCAAACGCACCAAAUAAAACCAAGGAACUAGCACGAUCAUAUAUUAUAAACGCUUUCUCAAUGUGCGAUGCACAAGGAACACCUGCUCGUUACGUUGAUUUACAUGGUUUUCAUGGGUCAUUCACACCUGAUUUCUAUCCACAUCGAUUUGCUCUCAAAGACUCGAUUUAUUCUCAACGACCCGAUGUUCUCGCUGCACUCAUCGCCAAUAUUAUCGAUCGAUAUCAAACGUGUUUGCCUCCAGUUAAAUACUGUGAGUUUUCGGUCAGCGUCAAUGAUCUUUGUCGCCCAUGGAUAUACGACGUACUUCGCAGUGUUCAAUUCUAUGGCGCACAAGAAAAGGCACAAAUUCAAAGGGAUGAAACAAAUCACACGUAUAUACCCACAUUGAAACUGAGUUCCUUCUCACAAUUAGUUCUCAAUGGCCAUUUUCCUCACUUGGAAUUUGCAUUCACUGGAGCGGAAUCAGAAGAUGGAAAACUUAAUCGUUCUACGACAUUUGAUUUCAUUUACAAAUUCUUGAUUGGUUUUGAUCGUCAAAAAAUACAAACGAGCUACUUCAAGAACUCAAGCGAAGCUCUUGAUUUCUUAUUAAAACAACCACAUCAAGCGAUUAUGCUCAUGCUGCAAGAGAUUGAAAAUAGAAAGGAAAACAUAACUGGAGAAAGUAUGUUUGCCUGGUUUACGAACAAAUUGGGGGAACUAGAAAAGAAGGAAGAAGCAAAUUUAAUGCCAGCUUUUUACGGUUGGACAGUCGGUCUUGAUCUGUUUGGUGAUGAAUCAGGUUUUCCAUACUGCCCAUUUGUGGCACCCUCGUUCAUUAAUUAUAUUCAAAAACGGCGAAAAAUUUCGAAAGAAACUCCCAGUCUCGAGCGCAACCUUUUUGGUGUUCGUGUUCAUUGCGGUGAAAACGUUAUGUUUGCUGAUACUAAAAUUCCAGGAUAUCGACUAUUUAUCGCGCAUAUGUAUAUCGUUUUCCGCUGUUUGUUAUUUCUUCAAAAAGAACUUCAGUAUGGUAUUCGAAUUGGUCAUGGCAUCGCAUUCGAUCGUAUUUUCGAUGGUACAAUGAGCAAAUUAAGGUAUCGAAAGUCGUCGGUGAUAUUGGCAGACAUUCAAGAACGGGCUCAAGAUCUAAUGAAAACAAUAGCUUUUGAAGUCAAUAUUACGAGUAAUGAAUAUUUACUAGGUCAAACAUUACGUCGAGGAGAUGCUGGACGCCCACUUCGUCUUGGCGGUUUAUUUGACAGAGUACCAAUCAUUCUUGCGACUGAUGACGACGGAGUUUGGCCGAUUGAUCAUUGUGCAUUCAUUCAUCCUGGCCAUCAUUCGUUAACAGCUGAAUAUUGUCGAGCAAUUUCGUCUGGUUUAAUUGAUAAGACUGAUCAGCUGCAGAAGAUUCUUCAAAAUACGAGAGAUUUCUGCUUCUGGAAUAUGGGUGGAUCUCUCCGAAAGCCGUCCAAGCCUUACUACUCUCCACAAUAUAAUCAUCUGGGUAAUACGAUUAUUAUACAUCCAGAUAUUCUCCGACGUCUUCAGAGACGUUACAACGACAAUCCUACGACAGAAACCAACUAUACGGAUAGGUUUUUUUUCGGCGAUCUGAACGCCAACUCCAUCAAAUGGAAGCAUGAAGCAGGUGUGUUACGCGUAGUAUUCACUUGUAUUUGUACAGGUGGUAAUAUGAGUGCAGAACAAAUAUCUGCGAUACGCAAUGAUUAUAGUAUUAUAUUUGGACAAGAUGAAAACCAGUUCGAUUUGAUACAUAGUUUCUGGAAGGAUGUCCGCUCCGAGUUUAUGUCGAGCAAUCAUGCUACACGCUCACACGACGAUUUAGGAAUCGGACACAAAGUUGAGUUGAAAUUCGAUGAUGCAAAUUUUUUAGUCUAUGCAAAUCCGAAGCAUGGCCAACUACAAGACUCGCCCGAGCGUUGUUUGUGCGAAUUCAUUCAUCAAAAGCGUGGAUCCAAGCACACAAUUUAUGCGUUCGUAGAUACUAUUGAUACCGAAAAGAUGGUAAAACUUCUGGAACAAAGAAUAAACUCUGGCGUUAGCGAACAAUACAACAAGAUGGCUUUAUUCAUAUAUACAAAUACAAACAUAUAUGAAUAUGUAUCGCAUGGAAUUAAUAAAGACUUUACGUUAAUAGUAAAUCCCCAUUCGUCGAAGCGGAAGAAAAGCAAACAAUGCUUCUUGUACACGUUAUGUUCAUCUGCCAGUGCUGCAACAGCUGCUCUUCAUUUGAUUGCCGAAAUGAUUUCUCGCAAACUAUCUAGCCAGGGAUCUAAAUUUACGCCCGGUCAGGCACAUCCUGCUGCGUCAAUGAAGCUGGAGUCUCCAAUACCUGUCAGCCGUGAUGCUACUGAUGAAGCAUCGGAAGAGAAGAAACAUUUGCUAUAG